AAUUUCCAAUCGCCUGAAGGUACCACGUUCAUCUGUACAAACAAUAGUACGCAAGUAUAAACACAAUGGGACCACGCAGCCGUUAUACCGCUCAGGAAGGAGACGCGUUCUGUCUCCUAGAGAUGAACGUACUUUGGUGUGAAAAGUGCAAAUCAAUCCCAAAACAACAGCAAAGGACCUUGUGAAGAUGCUGGAGGAAACCGGUACAAAAGUAUUUAUAUCCACAGUAAAACGAGUCCUAUGUCAACAUAAUCUGAAAGGCCGCUCAGCAAGGAAGAUGCCACUGCUCCAAAACCGCCAUAAAAAAAGCCAGAAUACGGUUUGCAACUGCAUAUGGGGACAAAGGUCAUACCUUUUGGAGAAAUGUCCUCUGGUCUGAUGAAACAAAAAUAGAACUGUUUGGCUAUAAUGACCAUUCUAAUGUUUGGAGGAAAAAGGGGGAGGCUUGCAAGCCGAAGAACACCAUCCCAACCGUGAAGGACGGGGGUGUCAGCAUCAUGUUGUGGGGGUGCUUUGCUGCAGGAGGGACUGGUGCACUUCACAAAAUAGAUUGCAUCAUGAGGGAGGAAAAGUAUGUGGAUAUAUUGAAGCAACAUCUCAAGACAUCAGUCAGGAAGUUAAAGCUUGGUCGCACAUGGGUCUUCCAAAUGAACAAUGACCCCAAGCACACUUCAAAAGUUCUGGCAAAAUGGAUUAAGGACAACAAAGUCAAGGUAUUGGAGUGGCCAUCACAAAGCCAUGACCUCAAUCCUAUUGAAAUUGUGUGUGCCGAACUGAAAAGGUGUGUGCGAGCAAGGAGGCCUAGAAACCUGACUCAGUUACACCAGCUCUGUCAGGAGGAAUGGGCCAAAAUUCACCCAACUUAUUGUGGGAAGCUUGUGGAAGGCUACCUGAAACGUUUGACCCAAGUUAAACAAUUUAAAGGCAAUGCAACCAAAGGCAACCAAAUACUAAUUGAGUGUAUGUGAACUUCUGACCCACUGGGAAUGUGAUGAAAGAAAUAAAAGCUGAAAUAAAUAAUUUUCUAGUAUUAUUCUGACAUUUCACAUUCUUAAAAUAAAGUGGUGAUCCUAACUGACCUAAGACAGGGAAUCUUUACUAGGAUUAAAUGUCAGGAAUUGUGAAAAACUGAGUUCAAAUGUAUUUGGCCAAGGUGUAUGUAAACCUCCGUCUUCAACUGUAUCUCCCCAUCAACGGUGAGAAUGAUUUAGAGAUAUUUCCGGCAGUUGUAACUGCAGAGAAAGUACCCUUCAACUCCAUGGAAAAGCACUGGCAGAGCCUACUUUAUCUUUGUUUGUUUUAAAGGUGAGAGUUGAGGGGCGUGCUGAGCUGAACAUGGUUUACGGGAAAUGGGUGCAUGACUUGAGGGGAGGGAAAGUGAAAGGAGUUGUGCGGUGAGGAUAUAAAGCUGUGCCUGGACCACAGCAGCCCAUUUAUCUGCACAUCCUUGUUUCAAAUAUUAAGACAUAGACAGAGAACAACUAAGACAGGAUGUCCUUACGGUUGGCUGCACUUCUUCUGUUGACAUCAGUCCUCUGGAGCCAUGCAGCAGCAAACACAGAUGAAGCAAUGGACUGCUGCUUGACAACAACCAAUGCCAAGCUUCCCCGCAGAGUGGUGAAGUCAUUCAGUAUCCAGAGAGUCAGUGGAGGAUGUCGGAUAUCUGCCACUGUGUUUGUCACGAGGAAGAAUCUUCGACUGUGUGCUCCUCCUGCCACCAAUAACAACUGGGUGACCAAACUCAUCAAGCAACUGAAGAGGAAAUCGCAGAAUGGAAAGGCCAGAAAAAGGAAAAAUGGCAAGAACAGUAGACACUGAAAGACUGUGGGUGAUCCCUGAACAUGGAGCUCCAGAACACGUUCUGCAAGAACAUUUUCCAGGCUGAUCCCUGAAACAAUAAUCAGCAGUUGGACACAUUUUGUCAAUGGCAUUUUAAAGUUAGUUCUCAUUGUAGGGUGUGAUACUGUGAUACUGUUGAAUUGAUUGUAUUCUCCCAGUUGCCAUUUUUAUUUUGACCAACACUGUUUCAUGUGUACUUCAUGUACUGCAGAGAAAACACUGCAUCUUUUCUAACCUUUCUCACAGUCACUUUAAGUCACUAUAAGCUGGAUUUUGUAUUGUAUAGAUACAUUUUAUGUAAAUAAAGUGUUUUUUAAAGACA